AUGGUGCGCCGCCGCCACGCUUUGGUUGAUCCCGAUGAUUCGGAUGAUGAUUGCGGCCCGGGACCUAUGUCGCCCAACACCAAGAAGAAGGAGGAUCAAAAGAGAAUCAUGGGUGAGGACCUCGGGCAGGCCACUGUAGACCACAUCACAACCAGUGACUAUGGCUCACGACGAGUACCAAACGUUCGUAUUGUCCCUAAAUCUGAUCGUCAAGGCACAGAAGAAGCAAAGAUUGCUAGCGAGCAUGCAGCAAAAACAAACUCGUGGCGCAGUAAGAGGUCUAUCUUAACAUCAAGCUCUCGGAUCACUGACAAAGCUCUAGCAUGGGGCGACACGGAUGAAGCGAAGGCUACUUCUGCUGGGUGGGAAGCUCUUGCUGGCGGCGCAGAUGGAAACAGUCAUCGAUAUCGAGCACAGCAGGAAAGAUUGGAUCGAGAGCGAGACCUUGGGCGUCAACUUGACUUGAAGGACACAUAUGAUGACAGACCACUACGUACGGGCGCCGGUCGUGGCCACGGACCUGCCACUGGGUAA